CACUCCUGCGCGCUCACCGGCAGAUCUGAGGUAGAUCCCCCGUCAGAGAGGAUUAAAAAAUCAGCCGGCCCCCUCCCGACGAGGAAUGCUUCUUUGACCUGCUGAGCAAGUUCCAGAGCAGCCGAAUGGAUGACCAGCGCUGCCCGCUAGAAGAAAGCCAGAGAGAGGCUACUGAGGCUGCCGCCACCUCCGUUCCUGCCCUGGAAGAACGAAUCUCUCAGUCCUCGCUCAUGGCCUCUCCGCAGACCGAGGAGUUCUUCGAUCUCAUCGCCAGCUCCCAGAGCCGGCGCCUGGAUGACCAGCGGGCCAGCGUGGGCAGCCUGCCCGGCCUCCACAUCACUCACAACAACCUCGGGCACCUGCGCAGGGAGGGGGAUGCCCAGGAGCCAGGGGACGAGUUCUUCAACAUGCUGAUGAAGUGCCAGUCGUCCCGGAUCGACGACCAGCGCUGCGCCCCGCCGGACGCCGUCCCCCGCGGCCCCACC